CACUGACUUCAUCACCUUUACUUUCUCUCCGGCCCUCUGAAAUCGGUUUUAUAUAUACUGAGAUCUCCCCACUACUAUUUCUGAGGAAAGUGUCUUCGGUGGAUGACCAGUCAUAUGUUAAAUAAUUUCAUGCAUUUGCUCAGAUGGAGGAACGAAAAUGGGAGGAGCUAAACAUGGACUGUCUGGCGAAUGUGUUUCAGAAAGUGGGAAUGUUGUCAUUGUUGUUUGAUGUUCCCUUUGUGUGCAAGUCAUGGUAUAAAGCAAGCCUCAAUCCUAUGUGCUGGCAACAUCUUGUUUUUCCUGACAUCAAACCGAGUGAUAUGGGCAGGCAGAUCCCGGUAAGGUUACUGAUACAAUCAACUUCAGUGGUAAAGAUGGUAGUCAAUCGUAGCAGUGGAUGUGCUACUACUCUUGCGCUGCCGAAACACUGCAGUGAGAAGGCACUGGAGUAUGCUGCUAAGAAGUGUCCUGCCUUGAAAAUUCUAGUUCUGCAUGAUUUUAUGCCUCAUGAGUCAUCAAUCCUUAUUCCAGAACUGAUAAGCAAGUGGAAAAAUCUUGAAGUAUUGUCACUCAGGUGGAGCUAUAAUAUGGCAGACAUCAUACCCCAAAUUGGUUUUCAUUGCAAGAAGUUUGUUCAGCUAAAUGCCCCAAACUCCAUCAUUGGGAAAGAUGAAGCGUCGGCCAUGGUGACCUUUGUGCCAAACAUUAGACACUUGUUUCUAAAGGGAUCAGGCAUUAAGCAGGAGAAUCUAGUGAUGAUAUUGCAGGGCUGCAAAGAGCUUGUGAGUUUAGACGUCAGUGACUGCAUUGGUUUUAAGGAUGAUGAUGCUGAGAUAUUGCAACUUGCUUCACAUAUUCCUGCAUUCGUUUGUGAAGGUUCAAGGAUUUUUAUUCCUCAGUUGACAGACUAAGCAUUAUUGAUCUAUUUUCUUUUUC